AAAAUCUAUCGCUAGGGUUAGGGUUUGUUAAGUUCUCUCUGUUUCUUGAUUUGUUAACACAAAAAUAGCAACAAUGUCGAAGAUCACGACCACAUCCAAGAAAGUAACACUGAGAGCAUCAGACGGGGAGACAUUCGAGGUGGAACAAGCGGUGGCUUCGGUGUCUCAGACGAUCAAAUUACUGAUCGAAGAUGGCUGCGCCGACGGCGUUAUCCCUGUUCCUAACGUCACCGGAAAGAUUCUCUCUAUGGUUCUUGAGUAUGCCGAGAAACAUAAACGGACUUCUGCUGCUGCUACUCUCUAUGGUCCUUGUGAUGAUGAAAGUAUUAUUAUUGCACGUUGGGAUGCUGAGUUUAUGAAACUUGACCGAAAUGUCCUCUUUACUCUCAUGAUGGCUGCUGACUAUCUGAACAUGAAGGGUUUGCUGGACUUGACUUGUAAAACAGUUGCUGAUAUGAUAAAGGGGAAGACACCGGAGCAGAUUCGCGAGACAUUCGACAUCGAGAAUGAUUUUAACGAAGAGGAAGAAAAGGAGGUUCGAAGGGAGAACAAUUGGGCUUUACAGGGUGCAUAUCAUCAAUGAGUAGGUUUGUUCAUAUGACAACAACAGAAUACGAUAUUAUGUUAGAUUGGUUUAAACUCAUUGUAUGGAGGGUCUUUCCUACCUCCCAUUUUUGUUUGCUAUGCCUAUAUGAUGAUAAGAGAGGGUCCUUCAUUUCAAGAUCAUAGAGAUUCGGUCCUCAUAAACAAUUUUGGUGAGGAUUAAUGUUUGAAAUUUCAAGAUUUUAGUUGCCUUUUAUGAAUAUCUGUUCAGAUGACAAGAA